UGAAAAACCCCUGAAGAUUAUGAAUGAGGAAGGAGGAUGAAUACCCCUGAUCAAGAUAAACAAAUUUACAAAUUCACUUUUAUUUCAAUAAUAAAAUAGUAUAAUACAUUUUGAAGGUUAAUACAAAAAAAUUCAUGUCUAUGCUUUAAACGUUUUAACAAUAUUAUACAUUAUUGAAGUUAUUAAUACACAAUCACCAUAGGCGAUAUUAAUUGAAAAAUGUAAACAAAAUUAUGUUUUUUUGGGAGGUCUAAGAAAGCCCACUUUCCGUAAAUAAGAUACAAUUAAAGGAGUGCAGGUUAGAGUUAUGCCAAUCCUCACUGGAGCAAAGACCUUGUGAAUGGCAUAUGCAACAAUAAAUGUGCUGGCAUCUGCUGCUACUUCAUGAACACCCCAUGACCGAAAAAUGGCAUUUACAUCUACUCCACUUGACACAGCCAAGUAGCAACCACCUAAUGAUAAUAGUGAUAUACCAACAUGAAAUACUAUGACAGUAGAUCCAUAUUCCUUCAAGGCUCUUUUUAGUUUUUCUUUAUUAGUUAGUACAUUACUGUUAUUAUUGUCCACUGAUGUGCUAUAGGGAGCAUAUCUCUGAAGGUGAAACUGUUUUCCCAUUAGCACAACAGAAGGGAACUUCUGUCUUUUAAAGUAUGUACCUGAACUUCCUUGCUGGGACAUGUUCCUGUAGUGGAAGUUCUGCAGGUCAUCAGAAAUGUACUUGUAACCUUGACCCCACUGGCCACCAGGCAUAUUGAGGUGAGUUGCCUUUCCUUUGGCUGAAAAGGGUUCUGGAACAUUUGUCUGCAUAACUGAAUGAAGGCUCACAAGACCUCUACAAUCGUAACUGCUGAGGCGAGGAUCUGAUGGCUGAGAACAGCUGUUGUAGCCAGUAGCAAAUUCAUUAUUUAUGAAUGUGCCCAUUGUUUUUGACAGUAUCACAGGUCCUGAGAUAUCUCUUGAUCGCUGAGGAGAAAACUGAGCUUUCUCUGCAGCAGCAAUAUCUUCAAUAUUUUCUGGUAAUGGAAGCUGUUUAGCGAUCAUAUAAUUAUGAAUUGUUGCUGUUGCUACCAGAGCAGGACUUCCUCUUCCAAAUGGUGUUUUGAGAGUUUCUUGCCACCGUAUGUAUUUCAAGCCAACAGUGCAUUCUGAAUAAAAUGGUGACAACGAUGAUGAACUAAGAAUUUUCUGUAUAUGCUGGGCCAUUCUGAAGAAUUUAAAAAAUCACAUUUACCUACUGGACAAGAGAUGAAGCACAAAAAAGUCCUUGAUUAAUUUGUUGGUCGUUACACUACUGAAAAAGACACCUGUACUUUAUACAGAUACAAUAUCCUCCAGUCAUGCCAGUGCAACUUUACUACACUAGCCCGAGCCCACGGGACGGCAGCAAUCAAAGCAUCAAACAGGUUUCACGAAGGUAGGCGGGGAAGGGGAUACAAGGUUUUAUUAGUAGUUAAAAAAAAUGCAAAGUAGCAAACUGGGCACAAGGUGAAUGCAGCCAACUUAGCUAAUGUUUAUUCUUUCUUUCCUAGAGAUUGUUACGUCUGACUCGGUUCAAUUGCAAUUUCGUUCCAUUUACAAAAAUACUCACAUUAAACACAUAUGAAUGAAUUAGCAUCUGAAGACCAUUUAUAUUAUACAAUAACCUUUGUCAGUGUCAACAAGAAAACUGAUCUCAGAGGUUGAAAAACCCGAUGGACGUCUUAGCACGUUCUCUUGAACACGUCAAAUCAGCCUUUGGACAUGGCACUACCAACAUUCUCGAUAGGAUUUAAUUAAAGAGGUGCAAAUUACGGUAUUCCAUGUGUUCUAUUUAACCUCAUUCUAACAAAAUCGAGAAUAAUAAAUAAGGGACCAAGAUUUAGGGAUUCUAGGUACUAAUAACAUAAUGAACGACUUCCGAUAAACAUACUCAUGAUAGAUUUCGGUCUGUAUUGAUUACUUACAAUGAUUUAUUGUUUUAUUAGUACUAUCCUAAAUCGCAGGAUUGUGGGUUUCGAAGACUUGGGAAGCCCGAAACGCAAUACCACAGAGUUGAUUUCUAACGGGGGCGGUCUGGGGGCGGUCGAUGCCGCAUGUCAAGUCAGCCUUAGGUCGUGAUGUCAUGAAGAGUGAGUCACGUAAGAAUUGGGCAGGAAUAUAUAGGAAAUUGAAUUUUGCUUUCCUGCAAACAGUUGCCAUCCUGCGAUCCUAGUGUACGUCAAACAUGGCGCCUGUGGGGGAUAGUGUGGAUGUGAACGGGUUUUCGGCGAAAAAGAAGGAUGAUGCUGAUAAUAAGGGAAAUCUUUGGUCAGCAAUUUUGGGAGAAGUACAGACCAAAGGAAACACUAAAUUGCCAUCAUGUAAAUCUGUUGUAGUGUUAGGUGAUAAUGAAUCGGGCAAGACUACACUGAUAGCAAAGUUGCAGGGUGUAGAAGAUCCUAAGAAGGGAUCUGGUUUAGAGUAUGCUUAUAUUGAUGUAAGGGACGAAUAUAGAGAUGAUCAUACCCGAUUAAGUGUAUGGGUUUUGGAUGGUGAUCCAGCACACUCCCACCUCCUCCGUUUUGCACUUUCUGAGGAGAACUUCCCCCACACUCUUGUAAUGUUUGUGGUGGCAAUGACUACCCCCUGGGGUAUUCUUGACCAACUGCAGAACUGGGCAUCUGUACUUCAAGACCAUAUUGACAGGCUAAAAUUGUCAGCGGAUGAUUUGCAGGAUGCUCGACAUAAAUAUAUCAAGAAGUGGCAAGAUUAUGUUGAGCCCGGUGACGAAUUGGAGCAAGGGUCUCCAAUGCGAAGGACUUCUCGCAAUUUAGAAGAUGAUGGCGAAGUGCUCCCUCUUGGAGAAGGAGUCCUGACAAGAAAUUUAGGACUGGAUACAGAUUAUAUGACAACCCUAGAGAAGGACUUUGAUUAUCGGGAUGAGCAUUUUGACUUCAUGCAACAAUGGAUUCGGCGAUUUUGUCUUCAAUAUGGUGCAGCUUUGUUUUAUACUUCUGCGAAAGAAGACAAGAAUUGUGACCUUCUCUAUAAAUAUUUGACGCACAGGAUUUAUGGAUUUCCUUUCCGUACACCUGCGCUGGUUGUUGAGAAAGAUGCUGUGUUAAUUCCAUCAGGAUGGGAUAAUAGUAAAAAAAUUAGCAUUUUGUAUGAAAACAUGCAAAGCAUGAAGCCAGAUGACUACUAUCGUGAUGUUAUUGUACAGCCAAUUACAAGAAAGCCAGUGACCAGAGAGUCUGAAACACAGGCAGAAGAUGAACAGGCAUUUUUGGCUAAGCAACAGACCAACCUACAACAAGGGUCACCUAAUAUGCGACAGGAGUCUCCCAUGCGCUCACCAGCUGGAGUGCAGAAGACAGGCGAACACAGGCGAUCAUCUGGCGCCCCAGGGGUGCAAGGAUCACCCAACAAGAAGGUUUCUAUUGACCACAUUAUUCUUACUCAAUCCCUUAUCAUUGAUGGUUCAAAACCUGGUGUUGCUGGGGGUGGAGAGGGAGUUCUAGCAAAUUUCUUCAACUCCUUGCUAUACAAGAAAACUGGAGCUAGUUCCCAGUCACCAAAGUCAGCAGAUUCAAGUAUGUCAACACAUUCACCUGUCGAUAAAGCAGUAAUGCGCUCUGAUGCAGCAGCUGAACUCGAUCGACUAACACGCAGCAAGAAAUCAACUCCACCUGACCAGAACUCUUCCGACUGCUGAAUUGGAAGGAUUUUGAGUUGCAACAGGCUGCGUGAUCGGUUCAAAAUCAGUGCAAGAAGGCUUUGAUGAUACUCGAAACUAAAGAGAAUUGACAUAUAUUUUUUCCAUAUUGUAUUUAAUACUGUGUGAAGCUUGUGAUUAACGAUGGAAGGGCAAGUCUUUCGAAAGGAGUAUUUAGUCAAAGCUUCAUGUUGCACAUGAAUAGGCCUGUGAUAUGAAUGUCAAAUUUUGCACAUUCUUGCUUCUAAAGUGCAAUCGUUAGUCCCACUCCUUGCAGUAUGCAAGACAGGUUGGGAGAAAAGACAUUUAUCAGCUUACCUGUGAGAAUUAACAAAUCAUAAUUACUUUUAUUUAUUUUUCUCUCAAGUAGUCAGACCUUCCUUACAAGCAGCUUCUUGAUUUACAAGGAGCUGCUUUGCUGAACUCUGUGUAAUACUAUUUAAUGAUGCCAAGAUGUGUCAUAUUUAUUGAUGGAAAUAUUUCCAAAGAGAAGUAACACAAUUGUAGGGGGGUACCAUUAACAGUGUGUGUGGGUGAAUGUGCACGCUUGUAUGUAUAGGUUUUGUUGAAUAAUUUCAACAGUUUUGAAAGUGAUCAUGAAGCUGUACAGUAUGUAACAAUAUUUGUUAUAUUUCUAGUUACAAAUAAUAAGCUUAGGAAAAAUAUUUCUUCUGUUAAAUGUAUAUAGUCAAAGACAUAAAAUCACUGUAUUCAACUUUUGUUGCAUUCUGAACUGCCAGGUUCAUUUUGGGAAUGUGAGAAGAGCCUUUUUUAAGCUUUGGUUUGUAAAUUUAUAUAGCACAAAAUAUUUCUUUUUUAUAAAUAUAUUUAUUGAAAUAUAACACCCACUGCUUGAACCUCGGGCAGAAUGCUGCAUUGUGUAAAAAUGUCAGGCUCUGACUUACGAAAUUAUCAGCUUGCAGAAUGAAAUGUAAUGUUUUAAUCAUUGCCUGCCCUUUGUGAAUCUGAAUUUGGUAGCUAAUUGUUAAUAUAGUCAUGUUUGAGCUACAGAAAAUGACAGAAACUGCCCCCUCAUUGUAAUAAAACCCUCUGAAAUGCAAAAUGUCUUCUUAUUGCACAAGAUACAAAAAGAUUAAAAAACCACAAAGUUAAGUUUCCAUUUUGAAAAGAUCUAAGCAUUCCGUAUCAUUCCAAGUGUAGACUAGUUAAUGAUUCAUCAUUUAAUGGUAAUGUACUAACAUUUUAAGUUCAAACUUAAGAACAUACAGAAGUUUUCAGAGACAUGUAUUUUUGCAUGUGCCCCAACAACUGAAAUUGGUGUCCCUCAGAAAUAUCAAAUAACUACAUCAGUUCACCAUUCAAGUUUACUGCUGAUGGCUAUACUCAAUAAAAAUUGAAGAUUAAGAUUGAGAGUAAACUUCCCUACUUAAUCAUUCCUUUGAUGUUUCCUAUCUCCUCUUUAGGCAUAACAUAACUUACGAUUCCUACAUAACAUAACUUUUGUAUUUAGGCAAUGCAAUUUAUUAAAGGAUAAUUGAUGGCUAGAACAUGCAUAUGCAGACAAGAUCUGACACAUCCAAAACAUGAUUAGUUGCAUGGAAAAGUAUUCAUUG